AGAAGAGCCGGCCUUUGAGUGGAAAGCGGGAAAAUGGCGGAUGCUUCGGGGCGCGGCGCCGGGAAGCCUUCUGCAGCCGGUCCCAACACGCCUAGCGGUGCCAAGACGAAAGGGAAAAGAGUACAAGGUGGAAGAGUGGUUGAAUCUCGAUACUUGCAGUAUGAGAAGAAAACAACCAAAAAGGCUCCUGUAGAAGAUACAGUGAAGACCAGUGGGAAGAUGCCUGAAAGUGGAAGGAAAUCCAACCUACUCCAGAAAAGCAAAGAUAGCAGUGUGGUUGGAAAGGGUGACCUGCAGUCCACGCUGCUGGAAGGGCACGGCACAGCCCCGCCUGACCUGGACCUCUCUGCCAUAAAUGACAAAAGUACUGUCAGAAAGACUCCCCACUUAGAAAAAACGAUGUCAAAGAAAACCGAGUCGACGUCAUUUUCUGCCCCGCGGAAAAAGAGCCCAGACUUAGCGGAAGAGAUAGAAAUGAUGGAAUCCCAGACAUUAUUGCUGAGUCUGCUGACUGUCAAGAUGGAGAAGGGUCUUGCGCAGUUUGAAGAAAAGGCUGAGAAGAAUUUAUUAAUCAUGUGCAAAGAGAAGGAGAAGCUAGAGAAAGAGGCCCAUGAGCUGAAGUGCAGACUCCUCCUCUCUCAAAGGAAGCGGGAGCUGGCAGAUGUCCUCAACGCCCAGAUCGAGAUGCUCAGUCCCUUUGAGGCAGUGGCCGAACGCUUUAAGGAGCAAUAUAAGACAUUCGCCACGGCCCUGGACACCACCAGGCAUGAGCUGCCUGUGAGAGCGAUCCAUGUGGAAGGCGACGGGCAGCAGUUGUUAGAUGCUCUGCAGUCUGAACUGACGACCACCAGCCAUCUACUGGGAGAACUUGGCCUUGGCAGUUCAGAAGAAAAUGCACAGGUGCUGGACUUAGUGAGCGAACUCAAGGACACAACCAUGAAAAAAGACCUUGAGCUCCGAAGGACCUUCACCCAGGUGCUGGAACUUUCUGCGGAGGUGAGUAAAGAGGCAGCCUUGAUCAACCAGGAAGUUUGGGAAGAGGCCCAGGGCACGGCAAGUGCCAGCCAGUGGUAUUUCAAUCAGGAUGGCACUUGUGGGGAAUCUCAGGGCAGACUGAAGAGUACGCUCCUCUCAGAGGACAGAGAGCCGCGUGCCCCAUGAACCCACAUGCAGGCUGUGUCACCAGCCCACAUGAAGAACUCCCUUCAUAGCGAGGAAGAAAACUCGCCCCAUGCCUCUCAUUCAGGGGGUUUGCUUCGACUUCUGUGUGAUACUCAGGACACUUGAGCACUUUAGACACUACCUUAGCAGUGUAGCUAUUCUUGUGUGAUAAUCCUGUUUGAUAUUUAAAAAAUAAAACU